GUGUGUGUUGUGUUUAAGCAGGCGGACAAAGUUGCGUGAUGAGGAGGAGGGUUGUGUUAUGUCAGGGAACGUACCAGCGAGAUUCCUGUCAACAAACUCAAACAGAGUAGGAAUAAUAAUGUUGUUUAAAUGGACAUGCCUUGACUGGAGACCCAUUAGUUGAAUAGAAGCGAAAAAUAAAUCACCGUAAAUGUCAUCUGAUCUCCGACCCCUGGAACCUCGACCCCAGUCCCUAAUUUUCUUUCAGUGGUGAAGCCAUGACCUCGGUUAACAUAACCAGAGACAUCCUCCACAGGCAGAUCAUUGAUAAGAAAGCAUCUCGUUUCCAAAGAGUCUAUCAUGUGACUGAGCCCUUCAUCAAGAGACUAGGCCUGGAGACUGAGCUACAGGGUCACACUGGCUGUGUGAACUGUUUGGAGUGGAAUGAACGUGGAGAUCUACUGGCCUCAGGCUCAGAUGAUCAACAUGCAAUUAUUUGGGAUCCGUUCAGACACAAGAAGCUCACAACUAUGCAUACGGGUCAUGCCGCAAACAUUUUCUCUGUUAAGUUUCUUCCUCACUCUGGAGACCGAAUCUUGAUCACAGGAGCUGCAGACACUAAGGUGCACGUACACGACCUGUCAGUGAAGGAAACCCUCCACAUGUUUUCAGAUCACACCAACAGAGUGAAACGCAUCGCCACGGCACCCAUGUGGCCCAACACUUUCUGGAGUGCUGCGGAGGAUGGCAUCAUCAGACAGUAUGACCUGCGGGACAACAGCAAACACUCUGAUGUGCUGAUUGACCUGACGGAGUUCUGUGGUCAGCUGGUGGAGGCCAAGUGUUUGGCCGUUAACCCUCGGGACAACAACUACCUGGCAGUGGGAGCCAACGGUCCCUUUGUUCGCCUGUAUGACAUCAGGAUGAUUCACAACUACAGGAAAUCUGUGAGCCAAAGCACAUCAGCAGCUGUGCACACAUUCUGUGAAAAGCAGAAGCCCAUCCCAGAUGGAGCCGGGCAGUAUUAUGUUGCAGGUCACUUACCAGUUAAACUCCCAGACUACAAUAACCGCCUACGGGUCCUGGUGGCCACCUACGUGACCUUCAGUCCAGAUGGCACAGAACUGCUUGUUAACAUGGGCGGAGAGCAGGUGUAUUUGUUUGACCUGACAUUUAAGCAGAGGCCAUACACAUUCUUGCUUCCAAAAAAGUGCCAGACAUCAGGGGACCUGCAGAACGGAAGGACAACCAACGGUGUUUCCAAUGGACUUCACCUGCCCAACAGCCAUAUUCAUUUUGCAGGGAGCGGGCUUCAGUCAAGUUCCACUGAACUUCCUCCUCACCUGGAGAAAAUAAAGCAACAAGCUAAUGAUGCAUUUGCACAGCAGCAGUGGACUCAGGCCAUCCAGCUCUACAGUUUAGGCAUUCAUCAGGCCGGCUGCAAUUCAAUGUUGUAUGGGAACCGGGCCGCUGCCUACAUGAAACGCAAGUGGGAUGGAGAUCAUUACGAUGCCCUCAGGGACUGUCUGAAGGCUCUGACCCUUAACCCCAGUCAUCUUAAGGCUCACUUUCGACUGGCACGGUGUCUCUUUGAGCUCAAGUACAUCACCGAGGCGCUGGAGUGUUUGGAUGAUUUCAGGGGAAAGUUUCCUGAGCAGGCGAACAGUAGUGCAUGUGACGCUUUGGAUAAAGAUAUCAAAGCUGCGCUCUUCACCAAGACGGAGUCAGGAGGUGAGGAUAAAAAGUCCAACAGCUCCAUUCGUUUCCACUCGUUCAGUCGAAAAGAGUCCAUCCCUGAAGAUGAGCUGGUGCUGAGAGAGCGCAGCUUCGACUACAAGCACCGAUACUGCGGCCACUGCAACACCACCACCGACAUCAAGGAGGCCAACUUCUUUGGAAGCAAAGGUCAGUACAUCGUCAGUGGCUCAGACGACGGCUCUUUCUUCAUCUGGGAAAAAGAGACGACUAACCUGGUGAGGAUCCUGCAGGGAGAUGAAUCCAUAGUCAACUGCCUCCAGCCCCACCCCAGCUACUGCUUCCUGGCUACUAGUGGUAUCGACCCUGUAGUACGGCUAUGGAGCCCUAGACCAGAGACUGAGUGUGACAACGCACGUGUAGUGGAGGACAUGGAUGGCGCUGCUCAGGCGAACCAGCGACGCAUGAAUGCAGAUCCAUUGGAGGUUAUGCUGCUCAACAUGGGCUAUCGCAUCACAGGCCUGCGAGGCGUGGGCCCUGAAGGCUCCGACGAUGAAGACAGCUCAGAGGGACAGGUCCAGUGCCGGCCAAGCUAAGCAAACAGCUGUUUUGUAGAGUGGCCGUAGAAAAGCUCAGCUCUCUUGCAGCUCCUGUUUGCGUCUUUAUUUCCCCUCUAUCUGACAGAAACAUAGAGUGAAUGUCAUGUCACAUCUCUGCACUAUGCAUCGCACUCCCCUGUCCUCCCAUCAGGACCGGAGGAGACCACUUUGGGGAGAGAAAUUCACAGAGGGUGAAGACAAACCCCUACUGCACCUUCAAAGCACCAACAACACCUCAGCCUCUCCCUCCUCUCUGCGGGGGCUGGGGGCAAAUAUCUUUGAGGAGAGCACCUUUCACAUCACUCCCAGUUUCUCUGACAGCAGGAGGAGUUCAGCACUUACAACCUCCUCAGGUUCAUGGUGAAGCAACACACCAUCAGUAGGAGGAGAAGCCUUCAUUCAGGCUGCCUGUUUAGGUUCAGGUCAGUGGGGCCGCACAUUGGCAGUAUCCUCCAUGGAGGGGUGGCAUCACACACCGGGAGACUUGUGCUUUGUUGGUGAGGAUCCCGUCUGCUCGUCCUGUUCGGAGCUUGAAGCACCAGUGCACGCUCAUCUCAGAACGGCGGCACAGCAUUGUCAAAGUCUGACUUAGAUUGGAUCACAUUUUCUGUUGUUUGGCUUACAGAAAGCCCGGAGUGAAGUAGAAACUGCAGGCUGUCUUAGGUGGCUGCGGUGAAUUUAUUUUUCAAGCUUCGUUGAGUUCAUAACCGUCAGACAAAUCUUCUGCCAAAGGUAGUCUCUCAUUUCAGCAGCCAAGGAUUAAUGUUAGUUCUUUUCUCUGUUUCAAUGAAACAUUGCUGUACUGCUGUACUCCUUUUAGUUCUGAGGUUUUACUACAUGGUUGACAAGAGCAAGGUAAUAUAAAAUAAAAAGAAAUAACUAUUUGUGCAAAAAUAACCUUCUUAUACAGUCGUUUGUUUUAAAUUAUGCCCCAUUAAUUAUUGAUGUGCAAAACUUGGAAAUUAAGAGGGAUACAUGUUCAUUCUGUGAUACUGGGGUACAGCAUUAAUGACUGCACCCACUCCACUAAUUACCAUUUACAUUCAUGAAAUAUAUUUGGGUUUAAAUGUUAUUUAUUAUUUAAGCAACUCAUCAAAUAUUUGUCAGUUUUGACCAAGAAAAUGUGAUAUUUUUGGUUAAAAAUUUUAUGAAAGAAGAUGAAAUCAAGUUGUUCAACAGGUGUAAUUUAUUUUUAAAAAUUUGGAUACCGAAAUCCCUUGUGUGAAACACCAGGAUCAGAGGUCAGUCAGUGGUCUCUAGGCCUUUGAUCUACAGUGACACUAAAUGUGACUAAAUGAAGACCAAAGAAAUCUGAGAGUUGAGAGACAUUCCUAAAAUGUCGACCAAACAAAGAUGCUCCUGAUGAAACUUGUUUUUUGCAGUGAAGUAGAAAAUACAGGAUAGACAUUAUUUUGGUAAUUAUUACUUUGUUCUUUGACAGGGCAAUGUAAUGGUUAACAAGUUCACCUGGAGAGAGAAAAAAAAACACUGAAUCCUUAAUUUACAGCUGUUCACCAUUAAAAGUCUUAAACCGUCACUCAGAAUAAUAUGUAAUCCCAUAAAUUGACACUAGGGGUGUGGUCAUAUGCAGCGUCCUGUACAUGUUACCUGGGUGCCAAGCAGCUCCAGCUCUUGUCCACUGCUUCAGACAGGAGUGAGGUCCUGCUUAAAACUUAGAGCAGAGGCUUCACGUCUGCAGUUUAACAAACUACUUAUUUAUCCUUAACCCCUCAAAUGUGCGCAACACUAGAUUUUCAUGUCUGUACGCGGACAAUGAAUUUGAAGUAUUUUCUUGGAGAAGACCUGUGAUAACUUUUGUUGCAAAAUAAAA